AUGUACUCAAACGGAGAUGGAAAAAUCCUCCGAUAUGAUAUUCCGUUUGCACUCGGCUUUUUGGACUGGAGUAAAGGAUGCGUAACAUACUCGAUAAGCUCUUCGGGAACGCCGUGCUGCCGUAAGGCAGACCAUGUAACGUCACGCGGAACGCGAUCGAAAGCCUUCUCCAAGUCUGGGAAGGCAAGAUGUAUCGGUCUUCGUUUCUCGCGAUGCUUUUCUAGGAGAAGGCGAAUGGCGUGUAGGGCAUCGCUGAUGCUACAACCAGCCACGAAACCACACUGGUUAGUGGUCAGCUUGACGAUAUCACGGAUACGGCUGUCUACAAUUCGCUCAAAGACUUUCAUGCUGUACGAGAGCAAGCGAAUUGGACGGGUGCAAGUCCAGUCCUCAGAACUGUCCUUCUUCUUCCAGAUAGGAAUAGUCGUGCUCCGUUGCCAGCUCUCAGGCACCUUUUUCUCUGCAAGGUCCCGGUCGAAGAAUUCCGUCAACCGUCCUGCAGGAUUCCAGCCUUUCGAUUUCCACAAGUGCGCCGCUAAUUCGUCAGGACCACUUGCUUUGCCCGAUUCCAUCUUCUUCAAAGUCGUAAUGGUCUCAUUCACGAUUAACUUCUGA